AUGGCUGAUACCAUGCGUGACGAGGAGAAGGGCCACCGCGCCGCUCCAGCCGUAGAGUCGGUCUCGUCUCCCUCGGAAAGUGGAAAAGAAAUGGCCUCCUUCCCUUCUUCAGGGAAUGCCUGGACGAGGCUCAACGCUCGAAUUCAAUCCAUCAAAUUCCUCGAAAGCCGCGGUAUCGAGCGUGUUCCGGAGUCCGAGCGCUACGCUACCUCCGCGUCCAAUUACAUGCAAAUGGCUCUGCUUUGGUUCAGUACGAACAUCACCGCUAACAACAUUGCGGUUGGAAUGUAUGGGCCACUGGACUACUCUCUGAGUUUCGUUGACUCGGCACUCUGUGCGGUGUUCGGUGCUUUCCUUGGUGCGGCAGGUGUGGCGUAUAUGGGAACCUUCGGACCGCAGAGCGGUAAUCGAACAAUGGUUGUCGCGAGAUAUUUCAUGGGCUACUACCCGAGUAAGAUUGCUUGUCUUCUGAACAUUAUCAUCAUGUUGGGUUAUGGAAUGAUCGACUGCCUCGUGGGUGGCCAGGUGCUGUCCGCGGUUGCUGAUGGUGGGUUAACGGUGGUGGUGGGAAUCAUCAUCAUUGCCAUCAUCACGUGGAUCGUCGUGGUCUUUGGUAUGGCGCCUUUCCACGUGUACGAGCGAUGGGCCUGGGUGCCUCAACUCAUCGCCAUUUUCGUCUUGGUCGGCAGUGCCGGCCCGAAAUUCGACACCAACAUCUCCUCCACUGGCGACACCCAGACCAUCAACGCCAACCGUCUCACCUUCUUCUCGCUCUGCCUUUCCAGUUCAGUUGCCUGGGCCCCUGCUGGUGCUGAUUUCUUCGUCUACUUCCCACCCACCACCUCGAAGUGGAAGACUUUCACUCUCACCCUCUUCGGUGUCGGCCUUGCCCUCUCUUUUGCCAACCUUAUGGGCAUCGGCCUCGCUAGUGGCACGCUAACGAACCCAUCCUGGGCGGAGGCCUACGACACCUCUGCUGGAGCUCUCAUUAUCGCCGGAUAUGACGGUCUCGGAGGAUUUGGCAAGUUCUUGGGCGUCCUCGUCGCCCUGGGUCUGAUUGCCAACAACAUCCCUGGAACUUACUCUGCCACCCUGGGCUUCCAGAUCAUGGGCCGCCACCUCGGCAGCCUUCCCAGAUGGUUCCUCUCCUGUGUUUGUGUGAUCAUCUACACUGCCUGCGCCCUAGGUGGCCGGAACCACCUCUACGAUAUCUUCGAAAACUUCUUGGCCUUGAUGGGUUAUUGGGUAACCAUCUAUCUUACCAUCGCCCUCGAAGAACACCUCAUCUUCCGCCGCACCCGCGGCUUUGAUUGGGAUGCCUGGGCUGACCGGUCCAAGUUGCCCCUCGGCCUUGCUGCUCUGGCUGCGUUCUUGAUCGGAUGGGCGGGUGCGAUCGUCUGCAUGGACCAAAUAUGGUAUGUUGGCCCGAUUGCCAGGAUGGUUGGCUCGGACGGCGCGGACCUGGGUAUCUGGGUCGGUGUUUCCUGGGCGAUGCUUGUGUUCCCGCCUCUGCGGUAUUUGGAGCUGCAGAAGAUUGGUCGGUAA